UUAGGGUCAAAAAUAAAAAUAAAAAUAAAUUUGAGAACCAAGAACGAGAAUUGAAAGAACACAAAUCUACCUGAGACAAUCUAAUCCAAAAUGGCAAAACGCGAUACCUCUGAAUCCAACUCACAAUCGGAAGAAAGAACAUCAUCGGAAUCAGAAGCAGAAGAAACCGUACGGAAUGUUAGUAGUAGUACCAUGAUGUCCGAGUACGAGAAACAAAGACUAGAGAGAAUUGCAGAAAACAAAGCGAGGUUAAAGGCUAUGGGUUUACCUCAAAUGGUUUCUUCCUUGAAAACUUCAACUCCAAUUAAGAAGAAUAUGAAGAAGAAGAAAGGUAAAGAGAAGGUUGAAGAUGAUGAUGAUGAUGAGUAUAUACCCCAAAAUGAGGAAGAACAAGAACGUGAUGAAUCUGAUUCUUCUAGUGAACAACAUGAACAUGAUUCUGACUUUGAAAAUGCUUCUGGGUCACGCAAAAGAAAGGUGAAGAACAAAAGUUUGAAGGUGAAAAGUAGAGUAACUGGAAAGAAGCAUGGUGGUACUUCAGAGAAUGUUGAUGAAGAAGAAGAAGCUUUGAUGCAGGCAAUUGCUCUUUCUCUGCAAGACUCUGCAGAAGCUUCAUUUUGCUCUAACAAGACUAUAGGGAACAUCAGCAAGGCUGAGAAAAAGGGAAGCAUUCAGAUUCAAGAAGAUAAGGGAAGAAAGAAGAACAAAAAAUCGUUUGCUAGUCGGCUGCAAAUGACAGAGGACGAACUCAUUGUACACUUCUUCCAGCUUGAUGAAGCAGGAAAAGGAACUGUAACAAUAAGGGAUUUAGAGAAAGCAGCUAUAACUCAUGAUUUUUCAUGGACAGACAAAGAGUUAGUUGAUAUGAUUCGUUGCUUUGAUAGUGAUGGAGAUGGAAGGCUAAGCCUUGACGAUUUUCGGAAGAUUGUUGUUCGUUGCAACUUGAUAAAAGGCCCUGAAAACUCUUGACAAGGUCAAGGUUAAUAGAAAAGGUUCCUCAAAGUUUUAGGCAUAUAAUAUAGGAUAGGAUGGUAAUAUUUAUCUGUAAUUUUUUGUGGCUAUUUUGGCAUCACUUUGAGGGGUGGAGAGCAUGAUAACAACAGUAUAAAGACCAUUGGAAAGAUGAACUUGCAACGAAUAUUGAAAUCUCACAUACAUAAAUGGAGGAGCCGGGUUUGUACCCGAUCACGAUGUCCAGCAUAA